AUGUAUAGAUAUAUUUUUGGCGAAAGCCCAAAAUCAAGGAAUGCUGGAAAAAUGACUGAAAAGUUACCAUCGACGGUAUUGGCAUUGUUUGCUCCUAGACCUCCUUUAAGAUAUUUACCGCCUACAGAUGCUCCGCCAGAGAAACGAUCAACUCCUCACCUUUCUGGAGUCGCAAAAUAUUUACAACUAGCAAAGACAUACAAUGAUAAUUAUCAGCCUACGGAAACUCUGGAGGAGAGUCGGGUUAUCCGUAAGGAAGAAAGGAAAUUAAAACAACGUGAAAAAUUGCGGUCGAUGACCCGACAAUGGAAUCCCGAUGAUGACCGACAUGUUAUCGGUGAUCCCUAUAAAACCAUGUUUCUAGGGAGAUUAAGUUAUAAUACAAGGGAAGGAGACAUCGAAAAAGAACUUAUACGUUACGGUCCAAUUGAAAGAAUUCGCGUCGUUAGAGAUAAAGCUACUGGAAAGUCAAAGGGAUAUGCAUUUGCAGUAUUCGAAAGAGAACGUGAUCUUAAGGCUGCUUAUCGAGCUGCAGAUGGAUUGGUAUUACAAGGAAGAAGGAUUGUUAUUGAUGUUGAACGUGGUCGCACUGUGAAAGGUUGGUUGCCUCGAAAACUAGGAGGCGGUUUAGGUGGUAGACAUUACACUAAAGAGCGCCCUCCUCGUGAACGGGGCUCAAGGUUUAGAGGAGACAGUGGUUUCCGUGGCGGUUAUCGUGGUUUCCGCGGUGGUCCCCCUCCCACGGGCUCUUCGCUGUCUUCAAGGAUGUCAGGAUCCCGUUCUUCUCGCACAGCGGGUUUAGGUUAUGAAAGACGUGACUCCUUUCCAAAGCGCAGAAGAUAUUAA